ACCAAAAUCUUAGAUCCGCCUGACAACAACAAACCACCCACACAGAGGAAGGCACCACAUCAAUCAGCCGGAAUACAACUAACUUCCUGAAUCGAAUCAUCCAAAGGUUGCGAAACGAGAGCAACGGCACCGAACCCAUGGACCUGUCCUCGUGGUUCCGACGCAGCCUUUCAAGCACAAAGACCAAAAACCCAAAUCUCCCGAACCAAUCACACCCAGACCCACAACAGCAACGACAAGAAGAGGAACUACUCGGAGUCACAGAGCAACUCAUUGAGUUCGUCAAGUCCCUCACUUUCGACACCUUCAAUAAUUUCCCUCUCCAAGAUGAUGAGGGAGCUGCUUGUGGUGAUGUAACCCCAUCAACUUCAGGCAAUGUUCGCAAGGAUCUCUCCGAAUGGCAAGAGCGGCAUGCUCUUCUUGUGAUCACAAAAGUUAAGGAAAUUUCCCAACUUAGAUACAUGCUAUGCCCUCGUCACUUGAAGGAACGUCAAUUUUGGAGAAUAUAUUUUAAGCUUGUCAAGAGCUAUGUGGCUGAAUAUGAGCUGCGUGCAGUUCAAGUAGCAAAACUGAAAAGUAUGGCAAUGGAGAAUGAGAAAUCUUCAGAGACCAGUGUAUAUGAAGUUGAAAUGGCAGAGGCAAAGCACACAGAGAGUUUAGCGCCUCCCACUCCAUAGAAUACAAUGCAUUUUCUCUUCAGCUAAAGUAGGAACGCAGCAGAUGAUUUGACCAUAACUAGAGGGAAACUAGUGAAGAUUUUAAAUUGCAAAGCUUUUGGAUCCUGAAGGAAACCUCGAAGAUGGCUUUUAUGGGCUGGCCUGAUCACAUUUUGUAAGCUAUGAUAGAUACGAUCAUACAAACAAUUUUUAUGUUUAUAAGAGUUCUUUCAUCA